GCUAACCACCGCGUGAUGGCGCAUGGAGUGCGCGUGGUGGGCGUGGUGCGCGACGCUGGCCCUGGCAGUGCUGGCGGCCGCCGGCCCGCGGUACAGCUCGCGCAUCGUGCACACGCAUGCAGGAGCGAUCAGGGGUAUCAUAGUGGAGCCCGCGUCCCGCCGCCUGGAGCCCGUGGAAGUGUUCCGCGGGGUUCCGUACGCGGGGCCCCCGAGCCGGCUGGGGCCCCCGCCGCCGCCGCGCGCGUGGCCCGGCACCCGCUUGGCGGACACCUUCGCGCCCGUCUGCCCACAGACGUACCCGGAUAUAUCGAACAAGAGUGCAGCGCUCUCGAAGAUGCCUCUGGGAGUGUACAACGAGCUACGAGCCAGUGUCCCUCUGCUCGCCAACCAGAGCGAAGAUUGCCUGUUCCUCAACAUUUAUGUUCCCGGUAGCGGCGCGCGCGGCGUUGAAGCGCCAUACGCCGUGGUGGUGUGGGCGGGCGCGUCCCACGCGUGGGGCACGGGCAACGCGCUGGACGGCGCCGUGCUGGCUGCGCGCGCGCACCUGCUCGUGCUCACUCUUAACUAUAGGCUAGGUUUAUUGGGUUUUUUAACUAGUGGGGGGGAUGACGAGGCGACGGCGGCGGGCGGCGCCGCGGUGCUGGACGUAGUUGCUGCGUUGUCAUGGAUACGGAACAACAUAGCAGCGUUCGGGGGAGACCCCAAGAGGGUCACGCUUGUGGGCCACGGGGCUGGCGCCGCGUUGGUCAACACUGUGGUCAUGUUACCAACGAUAAAAGGUCUGGUGUCCCGCGUUCUACUGUUGAGUGGGUCGGCACUGAGCCCGUCGGCGCUAGCGCCUGACGCGGCGCUGGCGCGCGACCACGCCGCGCAGGCGCUAAGGUGCUCGCGGGACAAGACGGAUGAUGACCAUUGGCUAACAGCAUGCAUCAAGAGCCGGCCGCUCUCUGCGUUACUGGCAGUAGAAGCGCCCACAGCCCGUUUCCUCCCCGGCUGGGCCCCCUCAGUGCCCACGAGCAAGGACAUCCCCAACCAGACCGCCACUAGGGCGCUGCACGCCAGCGACACCUUCCUCGCCUGUUCCCUUGCAGUGGUAGUCACUACCACUGAGAGUUAUCAGUUUUUCAAUGAGGAUGAUAUACGGCAUGGAUUUGAAGAGGACUACAGAAACCGAAUCUUGCGCACGUUCGUCCGCAACGUGUACCGCUACCAUCGCAACGAGAUAUUCGCGGCCGUGCGUAACGAGUACACGGACUGGGAGAAGCCGAUCCAGCAUCCCAUCAACAUCCGCGACGCGACGCUCGAGGCGCUGAGCGACGCCGCCGCCGCCGCGCCAGCGCUGCGCCUCGCGCAGCUGCACGCGCGCCGCGGUGCGCGCACGCACUUCGCGCACCUCGCGCACCAGAGCCGAGACGCCGACUGGCCGCAGCGGUUAGGCAGUGUUACCAGCGACACGUUGCCCUACUUUUUGGGUCUGCCCCUAGUGGGGGGUUCUUCAUUCGCCCCAAAGAACUAUUCCCGAGGGGAUAUAGCAGUCGCUGAGUCAACCGUGGCGCUCUUAGCAGCGUUCGCCAAAACUGGAGACCCCUCUCCUAAGAUCGAUGAUCACCAUCACGAGGCCAACGUUAACUGGCCAAGAUAUGAAUUGAAUACGCAGCAGUAUUUAAGUAUAGGCACAAAGGUCCGCGUGAAGAGCCACUACCGCGGGCACAAGAUGUCGGUGUGGCUGCAACUGGUGCCGCAGCUGCACCGCGCCGGCGCGCCGCCCGCCCACCACCAGUUCCGCUCCACGCACCCCGACAUGUUUGCUGGUGACAUAUUCCCCGAGCUGUACACCACGGCUUCUACCGUUGACGACGAAGAGAGUAGCGAGGAGGAGGAACAGAGUGACCCAGAGGAGUGCUCCCCCUCCCCCACCGCGCGGCCCGCGCUCGCCGCCCUCCCCCCGCCGAGACCCUCGCCAAAAGAAGACUCGCUCACUUUGGACACACAGUAUUAUAGCUACACGGUAGCGCUGGGUGUGACGGUGGGAGCUGGUUGCUUCCUGCUCGCCCUCAACUUGCUGGUGUUUGCGGGGAUCUACCUUCAGCGGGGGAAGCGCCGCGCCAAUCGGAGACCGAGACGAGAAGGGAGCAGUUCGAGUCGUUCAGGGGUGAGCGCAGCGAGCGGAGACACCGCCACCUCCCCGCGCAAGAGCACGCUUAAGCGCAGCAGCGAGUUAGAAUUAAAGGAGAGAGCGAGCAGCGCCGCGCCUCCAAAAAAACGCGUCCAAAUACAGGAGAUCUCAGUGUAGACGAAUUUUGAAGUAUUUGAAGACUUUUGAAAUACGUCGGGUUAUAAACAAGUACGUGAACAGUUAAGCGAGUGAUAUAUUAUGAACUUUUGCAAUUUGUAAAUGUUCUGUUAUGAAUUAAAAAAGAAACUGAAUUGUGACACUAAUAAAUUCUUAUUAUGAGUAAAUACUGAUGAUACAACAUUAUACUACAUGAUACAACAUCGUAUCGUACAACUUAUUGAAUAUUGUUGGAUUUAGGAAUAAAAUGUCCUUUAGUGUGAAAGCAGCAAAAUUUGUAGGUGUAUUGUGUUUGGUAUUCGUUGGUUAUAGAGUAAUGAAGCUAUGUAAUAAAAUAAUUUAAACAUAUUUACCAGUAUUAGUUGAAAACAAUCAAAUAUUUCUUGAAUCAAACGAGGUUAGACUGACGAUAACUUGAAAAUUAACGUGAUUUAUACAACUUGAUAUUUAUAAAAGUAAAAUUUUCUCUCGACACAAAUAUUAACUGUGUUCAUAUCAAUUAUAAGUCACAAUUGACGUGCGUGUCCACAACAUCGAGUUCCCUUGAAUAAAUAACUCAUUUCAUAAUAACUCUUUUACCUUUUUAUCCAUUAUUUUCUUGAAACUGCACACGAGU